AUGACGACCGUGGUUGUUGACGGGCGGGCGUAUGAUGGGGAGCGCUUCGCGCGUGUGCAUCCUGGCGGACACACGUUUGUUGCGCUGUACGGUGGCCGGGAUGCGUCGGAUGCGUUUGCCACGUACCAUCGCCGCCGAUUUCCACACGAGAAAAUGGCCCAGUAUCGCAUCGAAGAGAAGCAACAGGCAAGCACAUGCGCUCUGUGCGUGGCUGAGAAAGAGGCGGGGAUGACGGCCAGCACCUCGUCGACGUGUCAGCAGGACGAGGACUUUUUCGAGCUGUGCAAGGAGGUCAACUCGUUCCUGUACAAGACCCACCGCAACAAAGGAUUUGCGCCCACGCGCUACUUUGCCAAGGCCAUCCUGCUCAUGGCCCUGGAGAUGUUCUUCGAGUACCAGCUCAUCACGGCACCGACCCUGCUCAAGGGCUUCGUUGUGGGCCUCCUCGUCGCCCUUAUUGGCCUGAACAUCCAGCACGACGCAAACCACGGCUCGCUCUCCCCGAAGCCGUGGGUCAACACGCUCUUUGGCUUUGCCCAGGACUGGAUCGGUGGCAACAGCCUGCUGUGGCUGCAGCAGCACGUGGCCAUCCACCACGUCGAGUGCAAUGACCUCGACCACGACAAGGACAUGCUUGAGACCCCACUGCUUCGCUUCUCCCCCCUGCAUGGCAAGUACGCCUGGCAGGCGCUGCAGCACGUCUACUUUGUGCUGCUGGAGGCCGGGUACGCCACCAAGGUCCUGCUUGCAGACUGGUACAACCUCCUCAUGAACAUGUACGAGGGUGUCCCCAUCAGCCCGCUGGUACGCCCCUGGCGCUGGUGGGCCUCGGUCGCCGCGCGUGUCGUGUGGACCCUCCGCCUCAUCGUCAUCCCGCUCUACCUCCACUCCUGGCAGGUGUAUCUGCCGUGCCUUGCUGUCAUGGCGAUGGUUGGCGGGUUCUAUCUCGCCUUCUUCUUCCUCCUCUCGCACAACUUUGAGGGCGUCUACCACGUCCUCGUGCCGUCGUCCGACCCGGUGAACCCGAAGAAGGCGCUGCCGAACACGCUGCUGGGGCGGCAGGUGCUCACGUCCUCAAACGUUGGCGGCGCGCUCCUCGCAGAACUCAACGGUGGCCUCAACUACCAGAUUGAGCACCACCUAUUCCCGCGUAUCCACCACAACCACUACGCGGCCAUCUCCCCGAUUGUACGCCGCUUCUGCGAGAAGAAGGGCAUUGCAUACGUGCACUUCCCGACCAUCUGGGACAACUUCAAGUCAACCUCCAACUUCCUCCGCGCACAGGGCAUCUCCUCGCUCAUGAAGCGCAAAGUCUAG